AUGCCUAGCAUCAUGAGACGCUCUCCUGGUCUGCGUUCUGACUCUUUGGAACAGAGCUUAAGGAUCACUGUUGGUAAUGACCACUUCUGUGUUGGUAUACCCGAACGGCGGCGGCUAAGUGAUCGACUUGGAUCACCUGUGGAUAAUCUGGAGGCUGUGGAGAGGGAUGACGUGACUGAUGAUUCUGUCUUCACUCGAAGCUCCCAGUGCUCUCGAGGUCUCGAACGCUAUAUUUCGCAGGAAGAGGGACCUCUCAGUCCCUUCUUGGGCCAGCUUGAUGAGGAUUACCGAACAAGAGCGGCUUUCAUGCAUCAUUCUGACUACCGGGCCCAUAUGAGUUGUCACGAUGAGCUGUUGCGGGGAGCAGAACGGAAUCGAGACAAACUGAAAGGCUCCUACUGUGUCCGACCUGAGGAAAGGAGCCGGGAGGCCAAGCGGCCCCGCUACGACGACACGGAGAAGAUACACGGCAAGGGAGAUGAUCAUUCGAGCUACUCAUCAGCGAUGCGCAACUAUCGGCAGCGUAGACGAAGCCCGAGCCCGAGGUUUCUGGACCCUGAGUUUCGAGAACUGGACCUUGCCCGUAGAAAACGAGAGGAAGAAGAGGAACGAAGCAGGAGCUUGAGUCAGGAGCUGGUGGAAGUUGAUGGUGGUGGCACUAGCUGUCCCAUCCCUGGAUUGUCAGGUGUCUUACCGGCCUCAGAGCCAGCAUUUUCUUUACACCGGCCUGAGGAAGGCUCUGUGAUGCCCAAGAAGUCCAUUCUGAAGAAGCGGAUUGAGGUGGAUGUGGAGCCUUCCAUGCAGCUUGAGAGUUUUUCUAGCAAUACCAGUUCCAGUCAGGAUCAUCCACUAUACUCUGCACACUCAUCCCUUCCACUAAGUGGUGCAAUUGCUGCUUUUGCCUCAGAGGUUGAAGACAACAAGGGAACUAUGGUAGACACUUCCUUGAAGGAAGCUUCAUGUAACCCUUACCAAUGGGGUCCUCUCCCUGGGCUGCCCAAAGACAGUAGUCCUCUUAGAGAAAAGUUUGGAAGUUUUCUCUGCCACAAAGAGAAAUUGGAUAUGAAGGCUGAUGGUCCUGAGCGCCACUCUGACUUUUUACUGCCCCAUGAGAGAGCUAGCCAAGAUGGCAGUGGAUUUUCUCGUAUUCUGAGUAUGUUGGCUGAUUCUACCAGUACACAAGAAAAAAGGCGACGUAGUUUUCCAGACAUUGAAGAUGAGGAGAAAUUUCUUUAUGGGGAUGAAGAAGAGGAUUUAAAGGCAGAAUCUCCACCAAAGUCCCUUGGGGUGUCUGAGAGUGAAGUUAUGAGGCAGAAAGCAAGCUGCCCACCUUCUCCAAUUCCCAGUAUAAAGCUAGAAUCUAGAGAAGAGAUUAACCCGGAAUAUGCUAAGAUUCAUGAUUUGCUCAAGACCAUAGGGCUGGAUAUUGGAGUAGCAGAGAUUAGUAAACUAGCUGUACGUACCCAAGAGCGACUUCAUGGCAAGAAGCCAUCACGUUCUUCAGCUGAUCGUCGUUCUUCAGUUGAUCACCACUUUUCAGCGGAACGCUGUUCCUCAGUUGACCAUAGAUUCUCAGCUGAUCGAUGUUCCUCUGAUCCUCACAGACUGGAGAACCGGGAAGUACACCAUAGCAAUACUCAUUCCCCAGAAGUGUCCCAUUCACACCCAGUCUCCCCAGUGGAUCCUUAUCUUCUCACCAAAAAAAGUCCACCAUUCCUAAAGUCUGACCAUUCAGUGGGCAUCAUUGCAGGACCAGAUGUGGUUGGCAGUGGGUUUCAGUCAUCUGUUGCAGUCAGAUGUAUGUUGCCAUCAACUGCAUCCACCCCAGUUAGACUUCCACACCCUGCUUCUUUAUCUCAGUUUCAUAUGCCAAGGGCCUCUCAGUUUGCUGCCGCUCGUGUACCUCCAAACUACCAAGGAUCUGCCAUUCCCUCUGCCUCAUUUGAUGCCUACAGGCACUACAUGGCAUAUGCAGCUGCACGGUGGCCCAUGUACCCCACCUCUCAAACAUCAAACCUUCCUCUCUCUGAACCACACAGAGUGAUUCCAGUCUCCAAACAAACUACUCGUAGCCGUCCCAAUCUCCGUGUGAUCCCCACUGUGACUCCUGAUAAGCCCAAGCAGGAGUUGUCAGUGUUAGGAGCAGUUCCUUCUGUCCAAGUGCCUGUCCAAGUGUCUAUCCCAUCACUCAUAAGAUAUAAUCCAGAGAAAAUCUCUGAUGAGAAGAACCGUGCUUCCCAGAAGCAGAAGGUUAUUGAAGAAAGGGAAAAACUAAAGAGUGACCGGGAAGCUCGUCAGAAGAAGAUGUACUAUCUCAGAACUGAGUUGGAGCGACUUCAUAAACAGCAAGGGGAAAUGCUGCGUAAGAAACGAAGAGAAAAAGAUGGCCACAAAGACCCACUCCUGGUGGAGGUGAGUCGGCUUCAGGACAACAUUAUGAAGGAUAUUGCAGAACUUAGACAAGAGGCAGAGGAGGCAGAAAAGAAGCAAUCUGAAUUGGACAAAGUAGCUCAGAUCUUGGGAAUUAACAUUUUGGAUAAAUCACAGAAAACAUCAAAUGACAGUAAAGAACCUACGGAGAAGCCUGGGAAAGCAGAAAAAACUAAGAGCCCAGAAAAAGUGUUGUCAUCCUCUUCCAACAGCAAGGAAUCAAAGGUAAACAAUGAAAAUUCCCAUACUAAGAGCCCCAAGCAUGCCGAGAGCCCCAAGUCAUCUGCUAAGCAAUUUGAUCAGCCCAUUGCUGCCUAUGAUUAUUAUGAUGCUGGUAAUCAUUGGUGCAAAGACUGCAAUACCAUCUGUGGGACCAUGUUUGACUUCUUCACCCAUAUGCACAAUAAGAAGCACACACAGACACUGGAUCCUUACAACAGACCUUGGGCUUCAAAGACCCACAGUGAGGCCAAGCAAGAUGCUGUAAAACGCACUGACAAGAUUACUGUUCCUGCAAAAGGUAAAAAACAACAGUGAGAAGUAUAAUUUUACUGCCUAUUCAACUGAGAAUAA